AUGUCUGAAUCUCCUAAAGUCGCCAUCAUCAUUUACUCGAUGUACGGCCAUAUCGCAAAGAUGGCUGAGUCCGUCAAGAGUGGUAUCGAGGCUGCUGGGGGCGCCGCUACCAUUUACCAGAUCGCUGAAACAUUGUCAGACGAGGUCCUCGCAAAGAUGCACGCUCCCCCAAGACUCAGUUAUCCUAUCAUCACGCCAAGCGAACUCACCAACUUUGACGCCUUCAUCUUUGGUAUCCCUACCCGUUAUGGCAAUUUCCCUGCCCAAUGGAAAGCUUUCUGGGACGCUACUGGUGGAUUGUGGGUCAAGGGUGCAUUGGCCGGCAAAUUCGCCGGUGUCUUUGUUUCUACAGGCACCCCAGGUGGAGGACAGGAAGCUACAGUCAUUAGCUCCCUCUCCACUCUCACCCACCACGGAAUGAUCUUCGUUCCCCUGGGUUACAAAAAUACAUUUGCACAGCUCUCCAACGUGAGCGAAGUUCGUGGUGGUUCUCCUUGGGGUGCUGGCACCUUCGCUGGUGCUGAUGGAUCACGCCAGCCUUCAGCACUUGAGCUCGAAAUCGCUAACCUCCAAGGCAAGGGCUUCUGGGAGGUUGUUUCCAAGUAUCAAUUCUAG